UUUAAGGAACGAUAAGCUUCUUGUUUUUUCACUAAUGGAGUUUUCACUUCUUCUCCUUCUCCUUCUCUUCUCUCCUUCGCUCCCAUCCCAAUCCCUCUAUGGCCACGCCUUCUCCUCGGAUGACGCCGCCGAGCUUCUCCGAAUCGCCGGAGAUGAAGCUCCGUGGCUCCUCUCAAUUCGCCGCCGCAUUCACCAGCACCCUGAGCUCCGAUUCGAGGAACAUCACACCAACGCCCUAAUCCGCUCCAACCUUGAUCUCCUCUCCAUCCCUUACUCCUAUCCUUUCGCUAAAACCGGCCUCAUCGCCGACAUCGGCUCUGGCUCUCCCCCAAUCGUCGCCCUCCGCGCCGACAUGGACGCACUCCCCCUCCAGGAGCUGGUGGAGUGGGAGCAUAAAAGCAAGAUCGAUGGCGUGAUGCACGGCUGCGGGCACGAUGCGCAUGUUGCUAUGCUUCUCGGCGCUGCUAAGUUGCUCCACCAGCGAAGGCACAAGCUCAAGGGAACUGUGAGACUGAUUUUCCAACCUGCAGAGGAAAGAGGUGCAGGCGCAUAUCAUAUGGUCAAGGAUGGUGCUCUUGAUGGUGUGGAGGCAAUUUUUGGCAUGCAUGUAGACUAUGAAAAACCAACUGGAACCAUAGCUUCCCUUGCCGGAGCUGCACAAGCCGCAGUUUGCUUCUUUGAAGCAAAAAUUGAAGGAAAAGGUGGGCACGCUGCAAUGCCUCACUUGAAUGUCGACCCGGUAGUUGCUGCUUCAUUAGCCGUUUUGGCUCUGCAGCACCUCGUCUCUAGGGAAGCCGAUCCUCUCUUUAGCCAAGUAUUAUCCAUUACUUAUGUUAAGACUGGCGAGGCAUUGAAUGUUGUAUCGCCUUAUGUUGAAUUUGGGGGAACUUUGCGGAGUCUUUCCACUGAAGGCUUGCAUAAUCUUCAGAAACGAGUGGAAGAGGUGAUACGAACUCAGGCUGCUGUUCAUAGAUGUGAUGCAUUUGUUAGCAUGAAAGAAUAUGAAUUUCCAUUGUAUCCAGCUGUUGUAAAUGAUGAGAGCUUGCACCAGCAUGUACAAAAUGUUGGAGGACUCAUGCUUGGUGCUGAUAAGGUGCAGACGAAGAAGAAAAUUAUGGCUGGUGAAGACUUUGCAUUUUAUCAGCAAUUGAUCCCAGGUAUAAUCUUUGGCAUUGGUAUAAGGAACGAGAAGGUUAACGCAAUACAUUCUGCUCAUUCACCUUUUUUCUUCAUCGAUGAGGAUGUUCUUCCAAUUGGAGCUGCAUUGCAUGCUGCCAUUGCCGAAUCGUACCUUGAGUUAAGGAAUAGUUCAGACAGUGGUAUGUUUUUACCUCUGAAUACAUGAAAUUGUUGCAUUUGCUUAGAUCUUGUCAAGGAUUCAUCUCACAAUAUCUUCUUAAUAACAUGCCAUGUUCUAUCA